UUUAAGGGAAGCAGAUCGGAGCUCAGUUAGGAGGCGUAAUGCCAUUCCUGACUUCCUGCUGACUGUACAGGUUUCCAUAUUCAACCCUUUGUUGUUUUUAAUUAGUAAAGACACACGGAUAUUUGUGAUUUAGUUCCUCCUUUAUCUUGUCAGCAUGUAGCAUUUUUCUGUGAUCAGUUUUUCAACUCAGUCAUCUUCAUGUUUGCAUUACAAACAAAAUUAAGAAUGAAAAUUAAUUCCACUCAUGUCUUAUAUUUUACUCUGAGUGCAUUUUUAGACACAGACAUGCUGAGCUACUUUUUCUUCCUCAUCGUCCUGUGUCUGUAUGUCCUGAUUAUUGGCUCCAACGUCCUGCUGAUCGCAGUGAUCUGUGUGAACCGGAGCUUACAUGAACCCAUGUUCCUGUUCCUCUGCAGCCUGUUUGUGAACGAACUGUACGGCAGUUUGGGUUUGUUUCCCUUCCUGUUGGUUCAGAUCCUCUCUGACGUUCACAUCAUUCCUGCUCCUCUUUGUCUCCUGCAGAUUUUCUUUCUUUAUACUUAUGGAAGUGUAGAGUUUGCUAACUUGGCCGUCAUGUCUUAUGACAGAUAUGUUGCGAUCUGCCGUCCUCUGCUGUAUAACUCCCUGAUGACUGCAAGGAGAAUAGCAUUUCUAAUAUCCAUCAUAUGGCUGCCUCCUCUUUUCUGUGUUGGUUUCACCGUAUACCUGAGCUCCUCUCUGCAUCUCUGUGGGAACAUCAUCAAUAAGGUUUACUGUGACAAUCACUCCAUCAUCAAGCUGGCCUGUAAUGACCCCACAGCCAACAACAUCUAUGAACUUAUCAUGGCUUUCCUCACAGUCUGUGUUCCUGUUUCUGUGAUCCUCUACACCUACCUGAGGAUCCUUCAGGUGUGUUUCUCUGGGUCCAAACAGACCCGGCAGAAAGCCGUCAGCACCUGCACCCCCCACCUGGCUUCUAUAAUCAACUUCUCCUUCGGUGUUUCCUUUGAAAUAUUGCAGAGCAGAUUCAACAUGAAUACUGUUCCCGGCUUGCUAAGAACAAUAUUUCCAUUGUAUUAUCUCACCUGCCAGCCGCUCUUCAACCCGGUUCUGUACGGCCUGAAUAUGUCCAGAAUACGCAGCAUGUGUAAAAAGCUGCUUCUGAGAAAGAUUUAG